UCGGACCUACCAGCCGUGCGUACUAACUUCCGUCUAAUCAAGUAGGCUACGGGGCUAAGCGCUGUCAGUGCUGUCACACCAAAGAAGCACAUAUAGGCGCCUAUUUGAAAACACAAGGGGCGUGACAUCUUGUGAACGACUCCGGGCUCAGUGGAUGAACAUCUUAUAACCUCAAGACACUGUUAACUGCAUCUUAAUAGCUGCACCAAUGCUCGCUUUUGGUUUAACGAUAGUCCGACAUGGUGAGACGCAGUGCAACAAAGAUGGCCUUUUACAAGGUCAGAAAAUAGACUCCCCGCUUUCUGAAAUUGGGAUAGGGCAGUCGGAGGCUGCUGGUCAGUACCUCAGGGACGUCAGAUUCACAAAUGUGUUUGUCAGUAACAUGAAACGUGCCAAGCAGACUGCGGAAAUCAUUGUGAGGAACAACAGAACCUGUCACGAUAUAGAACUAGUAGCGGAUCCAUCACUUAAAGAGAGAAGUUUUGGUAUAGCUGAGGGAGGUAGAGUCAUAGAAAUGAAAAAUCUGGCUAAAGCAGCCGGGCAGCCUUUACCAGAGUUCACUCCACCAGAGGGAGAGACCAUGGAGCAGGUAAAGGUGCGAGUCAAGGAUUUUCUCAAGGCUAUGUUCCAGCGAAUAGCUAAUGACCAUCAAGACAAAAUACAAGAUGGUGAAAUACCAGAUGAGACCGAUAGGGCUCCUGCAGGACUUCCAGAUGAUGGAGUCUUGAAUGUGCCCGUCCAUGCCUUGGUGGUUGGCCACGGGGCUUAUAUGAGCAUAGCGAUGAGGUAUUUCUUUGAGGACGUGAAGUGCCCCAUGCCCCGUGGUUUAGAUGCUGCUCAACGAUAUUCCAUCUGCCCAAACACCGGAAUGUGCCGAUUUAUUAUCACUUUGAAAUGUAGUAAUGCAGGUCUUGCACUUUCAGACUUGAAAUGUGUGUUCAUCAACAGAAGAGAUCACAUCAAGUCUUAGGUUAAGAGCAACAGUUUAAAAAAUGAAAAGGUCAAAUGUAAGAAAGCAACUAAAUGUUUACUUGUGUUAUGCAAACAUUUAGUCAUAUUCAAGCACUUUACCUGGAUUCCUCAUACAGAAUUUUGUAAUAGACAAAACAUAUCAACUUUUGGAAAGACAAUCUUU